CUCGAGGACAUGGAUCAUCUCUUCAGGAUUAGUCGGAGCCAUAUCACUGAUGCUCCGAUCGGUAUUGAACUUCUCCUUCACCGGAGCUCGCUUCUUUCUCCCUACUAAUUUACACCCUAUUUUCAUCAUCACCGGCAUCAUCUUUGCCCUCGCAGCCUCUAGUUCACUCUUCGGCAACGGAUCUCAUGACUCUCCGGCCACAAAUCAUCACCAUGAUGAUGAUUCCUAUCAUUAUGAACAAGAUCAUCAUCAUGACCAGGACCAUGAUCGUGGUCGUGACCAAGACCGCGAACGUUAUUCUAAUAACUCAUCCAAUUCUUCGUUUGAUCAAUACAAUAUUAAUAAGGUUCACGAGAAAGAAAAAUUUUCGGCCGUGAGAUCAUCAGAGAGUGGAGGAUCUUAUGGAGUUUCUUCUCCGGAGAUUCGUUUUCCUUCCACGGCGCCGGAGAAACCCGUCGGUCUCCGACGUCCACCUACUGCUCCUGUAAAGACUUUUCGACAAGACAACACAUCGGGUGACGAGAGCGAGACCAUGGAGGAGAUGUGGGAAAGAGUCAAAGCCGAAAAACAACCAAAGAAACCUAACUCGUUGCAAGACACAAAAAUGCCCACAUCUUCAUGGCCGUUGCCGUCACUGUCACCGUCGCGAGCGGGGAGGCCUACUCCCUCCCUGUCGUCGCUUUCGCCGUCAUCGUCGAGAGCGAGGAAGCCUCCUUAUUCGUCUCCGGCGCGGCCGGGAAAGAAGUUGAUGGAGAGGAUUCCGUCGUGGGUGAAGUUGAAAAAAGAGUUAUCAAUGGGAAGAGAGGAGCUCAAUUCACGAGUGGAAGCUUUCAUUACAAAAUUCAAGGGUGAGAUGAAAUUGCAGAGGUUGGAGUCUGUAAGACGUUACAAGUCUUUCCGUGGUCUCAGUGAUGAAAAGUAAAAAUUUAAUGGUUUUAGAUGUAUGUUAUGGUAAGAUACUAAGAUAUGUGUGUAUGUCUUUAGAUUUAAUUAUGUAAAUCUUGUGACCAAAAUCGCAUAUUACUACAUUCGUGAUCUUGAUUUUGAUCACAUUAUCCCAAGUGAGUUUUUUUGCAAGUCCCGAGCGACAGCUUCCGGCGACUGAAAUUACACUUGAUUUCUUUUAUUUUUGUUGCUAAUUAAGUUUUAUCUGAGAU